AAUGAGACGAGGCCCUUCUGCCCCGACCUUGUCAUCAAAAUAGAAACUUCGUCGGUGUCGCCAACUAGCAAUAACAACAGUUGUCUUAUCACUGAAAAUGGUGCUUCGAUUAUCGUGUAAUCGUUUAGCAUUCGAAAAUCGAGUGUUUAUAAAACAUAUUGCUGUGUAUAGUUAACGUGAUCUAGUUACAGCGUCUGUGUUAUUUUGAGAAUGUCGUCGGCGUCUCUUACCAAGAAGUUAGCAUUGAGCAAUUUGCUAGAGACGGACCACUACGAGAGCCUCAUAAAGGAGCUGACCUGCACGAAAUGCAACAAAUACAUGAAGCCCCCCAUAUACCUGUGUGUGGACGGUCACAGUAUCUGCGGCGUCUGCUACGAGAAAAGCUAUCAGUGCCAUGUUUGUAAAAAAGAGUUUUCCCAAAUCCGGCCCAUGGUCCUCGAGUCGCUCGCCAACAAGGUUCUGUUCCCAUGCACAAAUUCGGGCUGUCCCAGACACGCCACUCUGCCUCAGCUGGAGAAACACACGCCACACUGCCAGUUCCGGAUCAUAAAUUGCUUCAUGUCUCGAGUCUAUGGGGAAUGUAAAUGGGAAGGUCGUGCCGGAGAAUGGAUGGACCACUGUUUCCUGGACCACAAGAAGAGGGUCACUGAACUGCCCUUUAUCUCAGUGAAAGAUAGAUGGGACGCGAAGAGGACAGAACCUGUGCUCAACUACUUCUUACUCAAGUGCUACGAAAAGGUGUUCAACGUUUACCAGAUCUAUGAUAAACGAGGAGGACGAAUGAUGUGGACGGUUCUUGUGAAUGAUGACCACGCUGACAAGUUCUAUUUCGAGGUAGACAUAUUCCUACCGGACGUGCCGAGCAAACGAAUCGUGUACAGACGUCCGUGCAAAUGUGAAAAAGAUGCCGACUUUCUAGAACACACUCAAAAUGUUUACAUUCCAGUAGAAAAUGUAUUCUCUAUGCUGGAUGAAAGCGAAUCUAUGAAUUUUACAGUCAGAAUUGGUGAGGUAGAGAAUCUACCACUUCUUGAAGGAACGCCGAUGGAAAGUGAGAGCCUCAUUUUACUGAAUAAUGAAGAUUCUGGAGAAAACUAACACUGGUUUAAAAAUUUAAAAGUAAUUGAUAUUUAUGGACAUUUUUAUUCUAUAUCGAAUUAUAUUUUAUUAAAAAUAA